ACCAGGCAGAGCAGCAGGCUCCGAGUCAUCUGGCAAGACAGUGGGCGCCGAGUCAUCUGGCAAGACUGCGGGCACCGGGUCAUCUGGCUCGACAGCGGGUACCGGGUCAUCUGGCUCGACAGCGGGCACCGGGUCAUCUGGCUCGACAGCGGGUACCGGGUCAUCUGGUUCGACAGCGGGCACCAGGUCAUCAGGCAUUGGAUCGUCUGGCUCGACAGCGGGUACCGGGUCAUCUGGCUUGACAGCGGGCACCGGGUCAUCUGGCAA